AGGAAACGGGAAGCUCAAAUGCAGGUUUCGUGCGUGAUAAGCCCGAAACUGAGGUGUCUCGAAGACAGAAAUACCUGUAUAUUUCUUACAAAGUAGGCAAGAUAACUUCUCGGGACAGACUCUAGUCAUAUAUUACUAUUCACCUUUGGUGGUUUGUCGUUAAUAGGACAAAAUGGGUUGCUGGUUUUCCAAAAAAUCUAAAAGAAAAUCACCCGAAAAAGAACCUACGACGACGGUAGAAGAGAACACGACCAGCAACAACAUUGCCCUCAGCAGCAAUGCAACUGAGGAUCCACCUAAACAAUACAGCUGGGACAAACGUGAAAAGGUUGACCCGAAGGACUUCAUGCUAACGGGGCUGAAGGAUGCCACGGUGGGCCGUCUGCCAGGCAAGCUGAACGGACAGCAGUUUGUCAUCCAGGACUGUGACAACUGUAAGAUCUUCGUGUUGGACCACUCCGCCACCAUCACCAUCGACGACUGCACUAACUGCUGCAUCGUUAUGGGGCCAGUGAAGGGCAGUGUGUUCUUCAGGGACUGUAAGGACAUCAAGUGUGUGGUGGCCUGCCAGCAGUUCAGGACCAGGGACUGUCAGAAGAUGGAGGUGUUCCUGUGUUGUGCCACUCAGCCCAUCAUCGAGGCAUCCACGGGGAUGAAGUUCGGCUGCUUCCAGUACUACUACCCCGAGCUGGCCUUCCACUUCAAGGACGCAGGCCUCAGCAUCUUCAACAACAACUGGAGCAAUGUCCAUGACUUCACGCCCGUCUCAGGGGAGACCAACUGGAGCCUGCUGCCUGAGGACACUGUGGUGUUGGACCAUGUUCCAGCCCCUGACCCGGAGUCAGAGUUUAAAUCAGUCCGGAUCUCAGCUGAGGCAUCCCGCAGCAUCGUACCCAUGACCAAAGGAGGCAGACGCAAGGAGAGUGACGAGUCCUGUCUGUUUGUGUUCUUCUCUGGGGACUACACCACUGCUAACGCCCGGAAACUCAUUGAUGAGGCCUCUGGGAAAGGGUUUGUGCUGAUCCAGACUAAGGAAGUGUCCAUGCGCCCAGAGGAUGUCAGCAGAGUAUUCCAGAACAAUGCAGAGGGACUCCUGGAGUGGAUCACCAACGGCCCAGUGACAGCUCUGGAGUUGAAUGGGGACGGGGUAGUGGAGGCCUGCAAGAGCAUGGCCAGUGACAUGUUCAGUGGAACCAAGGUGUUUGUUUCAGACAACAGAAAUACUUCCUCUCGAGAUGUGGACAACUUCUUCAACUUUGCUGACAUGCAGAUGGGCUUGUGAUUGAAUCACUGUAUGACAAUCAAACUACACCACUGAUACACUUUUGUAUGUUGACAUUUUUUAUUGGUAGUAUUAACACUGGAUAUACCGGUAGGUAGGAGAGAUGACAGGUUAAUCAACAUAGUGAAUGUAGGUAGGAGAGAGGACAGGUUAAUCAACAUAGUGAAUGUAGGUAGGAGAGAGGACAGGUUAAUCAACAUAGUGAAUGUAGGUAGCAGAGAGGACAGGUUAAUCAACAUAGUGAAUGUAGGUAGGAGAGAGGACAGGUUAAUCAACAUAGUGAAUGUAGGUAGCAGAGAGGACAGGUUAAUCAACAUAGUGAAUGUAGGUAGGAGAGAGGACAGGUUGACCAACAUAGUGAAUGUAGGUAGCAGAGAGGACAGGUUAAUCAACAUAGUGAAUGUAGGUAGGAGAGAGGACAGGUUAAUCAACAUAGUGAAUGUAGGUAGCAGAGAGGACAGGUUAAUCAACAUAGUGAAUGUAGGUAGGAGAGAGGACAGGUUGACCAACAUAGUGAAUGUAGGUAGCAGAGAGGACAGGUUGACCAACAUAGUGAAUGUAGGUAGCAGAGAGGACAGGUUGACCAACAUAGUGAAUGUAGGUAGCAGAGAGGACAGGUUGAUCAACAUAGUGAAUGUAGGUAGCAGAGAGGACAGGUUGACCAACAUAGUGAUUGUAGGUAGCAGAGAGGACAGGUUGACCAACAUAGUGAAUGUAGGUAGCAGAGAGGACAUGUUGAUCAACAUAGUGAAUGUAGGUAGCAGAGAGGACAGGUUAUUCAUUCAUAGUGAAUGUAGGUAGCAGAGAGGACAGGUUGAUCAACAUAGUGAAUGUAGGUAGCAGAGAGGACAGGUUAAUCAACAUAGUAAAUGUAGGUAGCAGAGAGGACAGGUUGAUCAACAUAGUGAAUGUAGGUAGCAGAGAGGACAGGUUAAUCAUUCAUAGUGAAUGUAGGUAGCAGAGAGGACAGGUUGACCAACAUAGUGAAUGUAGGUAGCAGAGAGGACAGGUUAAUCAACAUAGUGAAUGUAGGUAGCAGAGAGGACAGGUUAAUCAACAUAGUGACAAUGACGUCUACCAGUCUGUCUAUCCACCAUUCAUAGUAACAAUAUAGUCUACCAGUCUGUCUAUCCACCAUUCAUAGUAACAAUAUAGUCUACCAGUCUGUCUAUCCACCAUUCAUAGUAACAAUAUAGUCUACCAGUCUGUCUAUCCUGCCCUCUAUCUAUACCUAGCAGUGGAGAGGUCAGCUGAUAGGCAGUGGAGAGGUCAGCUGAUAGGCAGUGGAGAGGUCAGCUGAUAGGCAGUGGAGAGGUCAGCUGAUAGGCAGUGGAGAGGUCAGCUGAUAGGCAGCGGCGAGGUCAGCUGAUAGGCAAUGGAGAGAUCUGCUGAUAGGCAGUGGAGAGGUCAGCUGAUAGGCAGUGGAGAGGUCAGCUGAUAGGCAGUGGAGAGGUCAGCUGAUAGGCAGUGGAGAGGUCAGCUGAUAGGCAGCGGAGAGGUCAGCUGAUAGGCAGCGUGGGUCAGUAGUGGGUCUACUCUGGACAGUUGAUAAGGAUCGGUAGUGGGUCUAGUCUGGACAGUUGAUAAGGAUCAGUAGUGGGUCUACUCUGGACAGUUAAUGAGGAUCAGUAGUGGGUCUACUCUGGACAGUUGAUAAGGGUCAGUAGUGGGUCUACUCUGG